AUGCACCCUGGUGAGGUUGCAAGCGUUUUCCUCCCGUACCUGCCGCCUGCAGCCACAGCCCCUUUCGGUUUCGGAAUCGUGCCCCAUUACCACACACUAGCAGAUGACGAUCACCUGUUGUUCCCGUGCAACGACAGCGGCCUGCUAACGCCGCCAUACUCAGCCGCGGGCUUCGAGUACGCCGACCAGCCAUUGCUUGAUCAUCAUCAUCCUGCCGGCACCGACGACAAGGCUGAAGAAGGAGGUGACCGCCAGCCACCGCUCCAGCGUCGGCGGCAGCUGCUCGCGGAGGAGAGGCGGCGGCGGAGGACCGUCUCCAACCGGGAGUCGGCGCGGCGGUCGCGCGUGCGGAAGCAGAAGCAGCUCACCAAGCUCUGGGAACAGGUCGUCCACCUCCGAGGCGACAACCGUGACCUGCUCGGCCGCCUCAACCGCGCCCUCAGGGACGCUGACCACGUGCUGCGCGACAACGCGCGCCUGAGUGGCGAGCGGGCCGAGCUGCAGAGGAGGCUCCGGGAGCUCGCCGACCGUGAUGGCCGACCAUUUUAG